ACGAAAGCGAAAGUUGAUAUCUACAAUGAAACACUAACUAUGGGGAUUUUGAUUUCAAAACACGAAACAGAUGAGAUCAAAGAACGGCUUAAGGACAUUGACAAUAUCUUUAACAAUUUCAGUAAAGAUCAGGAAUCAAUACAAAAAAUUUUGGAAUCACAAAAUCAUGCCAUAGAAAGUCUAAGACGUGAAAAAGAUGACUUAAUGAAACUAUUAGAUAAUUCACCUCGAUAUCAUGGCAGUGGCACAUAUGACGAUACCGUACGUAAGCUAAAUGAGGAGAAUUCAGCGCUGAAGAGGAAGUUACGGGAGAAGGAGGGAGAAGUUGCAAAUCUGCAAAAUACGCUGGACAAAUUAACGCGGGAACCAGUGCGAGUCUACAUGUUUGCCUCGUCAAUGAAUGAAAGAAUUUCAAACGCCGUUAGGUCAGAGCUACAGUUAAUUUUGUCGCAGCAUAUAGAGGCUACGAGGGACAAGAAGUUGGAAAUUGUUCCCUUAGAUGACCCCAAGUCUAUCCCCGCCAACAAACCCCUGAUUGUUCUCUGUAUCAACGCCUCCAGACUUGGAACGGACGUGGAGCAGGCGCUACAACAAGUCACGUGCUCCAGGUCUGUCACAGUAGCUGUGAUUCACCACAAGGAAUACCACGCCCUGCCCCCUCAGGCCUCGGAAAAGCUUCUUCACAGCGAGAAGAUCCGGGAACUCUAUGCUGUUGUGGACAUUGCCUUCCUCACAAACAAAGGGAUGUACACUUGUGAUAUGAAUAACAAAUCACUGGAAAAACUGACCAACUUUAUAUGUGAAUUCAGCAACAAUAUGCCAAUGCAUUUUUGAUAUCAUUGAGUUUACAGCUAUUCCUUGAUUUUUCAAUAAGCAUUUUUGUAAGCUUUAUCUGUAUAUUGUGUUUUAAAAUACAUCAAUUCUGGUUUUU